AUGUAUGUGGUGGUGUCAAUUGAGGAAUCAAAGGAUGUUGAUGCGAUCUCCAUCAAUGAGUUGCAGAGCACACUGGCAGUUCAUUACCAGAUGUUCAAAAAGGUGGACCGAGGAGAACAAGUCUUAAAGGAAAUCGACAUCGACUUGAAAGAAAACAAAGAGAUGAUGUUGAUGUCAAAAACUAAGAAUAAAGAGGAAGCGAGAAAGAAGACGUGGUUCUUGGAUUCAGGAUGCUCCAACAAUAUGACAGGUUACAAAAAUGUGUUCUUAACUCUUGAUCUUGCCUUCAAGCAUUCUGUCAAGCUCAUGAACAAUAAAAGUAUGUACGUUACUGGAAAAAGAAACAUCAAACUGAAGUUGAAUGACACUGCAUACAUGAUUAAUGAUGUGUACUAUGUGCCAGAACUAAGCCUCGACAACUUCAAGAGAAGCAGCUAUGCAUCAUCAUAUCAUUUAAGAAGCUGA